CAGAGCAAGUGCUGAAAAAUUAUCCCAACUUGCUUUCUCAUAGCAAACGUGCUUCGUUUAGGCUACUCCUCUCGGCGACAUAUUCCGUUCUGUGAUGAAGACAAAUUAGUGACAUUUUAUACGCGUUUUAAAAUAUCGUUGAAUCUGUAUUUCGCAAUGGUUGAGAAACUUGUACCUUCGUCAAAGAUGAGCGCAUAUCUUCGUUAAGGUGCAUUUUUUUUUAGAGUAGAGAAAAGCAAUUGAACGUCACGGCCAGAAUCCCAAAGAGUUCAUUAGUAUUGACUAUCUAUAAAAACGAAAUAAAUAUAUUGAUAGCUUGAUUUGUGGUAUUUUCCUCGGUCAGAAAAAUAGCGUUUUUUUUGCCAGUGGUAACAUUGAUGGCUGCAUAAUGACAUGGGAAUGAAUUCUUCGAAUUUAAAUGACAAGUUAUCUAUGGUCCUAAUGGAUUUUCUCUCAACUGGGGAUUUUUCUUCGUGAUACAGUAUUUGAAAUCAUUCAUUGAGACUGAGGUUUGAGGGUUAGAUACCUGCCUCUCGGACUACAGAAGGAAAAACAAACCCAGGCAAGAUUUGUGUUACGCGGAAGACCACCGGGGAAGAGGAUCCUAAGUCUUUGGCUAAGGAUAGUAAUCUGGUGAUGGACUUCAUGGAACUGCACAUGGGAGCGGUUUUGUUGUGGGUCCUGGUGUUGGAUUUCUGUGGUUGGGCUGAGGCUGGUAUCCUGUACCGUGUCCAGGAGGAGCAGCCGCCCAGCACGCUGAUAGGCAGCCUGGCAUCAGACCAGGGCCUGCCAGACUCUGGUCACCUUUACAAGCUAGAGGUGGGCGCUCCAUACCUGCGUGUAGAUGGGAAGACAGGGGACAUCUUUACCACAGAAAUUCCCAUAGACAGGGAGACACUGAGAGCCUGCCGCAGCAUGGUCAGGGGCAAACCCUGCUUCCUGGAGUUUGAAGUGUCUGUCACAGACCUUAUCCACAACCAGAGCCCCAGGCUCAUCGAGGGUCGCAUCGAGGUCCAGGACAUCAACGACAACACUCCGCAAUUCCCCUCCCCCGUGCUCACCAUCUCUGUCCCAGAAAACACCCACAUGGGGGCGCUGUUCUCCAUCCCCCUCGCCACAGACAGGGACUCGGAGAGGAACAGGGUGGCCGACUACGCCCUAACCGCGGGGCCAGAUGCAGCGACUCUCUUUGGCCUGCAAGUGUCAGAGGACAGGGGAGAGAAGCUUCCCCAACUCAUCGUCCUGGGAAGUCUGGACCGGGAGCUCAAGGACAGUUACGACCUGAACAUUAAGGCUGUGGAUGGAGGUAACCCCCAGCGCUACAGCAGUGCCUUGCUGAGAGUGGUGGUUGCUGACGCAAACGACAAUGCGCCAAAGUUUGACAAGGCCACAUAUGAGGCUGAAGUGUCAGAAAACAGCCCUGUGGGACAUUCCGUGUUGCAGGUGAAAGCCAAUGACUCUGACAUGGGCCCCAAUGGAGAGAUAGAGUAUACGCUACACCAGGCAUUAGACCCAGUGCCAAAACUCCUGCGAAUUGAUCGUUCCACUGGCAUCAUCUAUGUCAAAGGGCCUUUGGAUCGGGAAGAAAUCAGCGAUUUGACAUUCUACGUAGUGGCCAGAGACAAAGGUCCCCAACCCAAAAGUUCCAAGACCUUUGUUACUAUCGAGGUGACUGACCAGAACGACAAUUCCCCUGCUGUGGAGAUCCGUGGGAUCGGCCUGGUGAGCCACAGUGACGGUGUGGCCAACAUAUCAGAGGACAUGCCCGUGGGCACGGCGGUGGCCUUGGUCCAGGUGUCUGACAGGGAUGAGGGGGAGAAUGCAGUGGUCACCUGUGUGGUGGCAGGGGACGUGCCUUUCCAGCUGCGCCCGGCCAGUGAAUCGUCCACUGACAACAAGAGAAAAUAUUUCCUGCAGACCACCACCCUCCUGGACUAUGAGAAGGUAAGGGAAUACCGUGUGGAGAUUGUGGCUGUUGAUUCUGGCAAUCCAGCUCUCUCCAGUACUAACUCAUUAAAGGUGCAGGUGACUGAUGUUAAUGACAACUCUCCAGUGUUUUCCCUGACCCUGUUCGAGGUGAACUUUACAGAGGAGAACCAGCCAGGGGACAAGGUUGUGGACGUGGUUGCCACAGACCCUGACAGCGGCACUAAUGCUGAGCUUGUCUAUAGCAUCGUAGCAGACACAUCUACUAGAGGCCUGUUUGAGAUUGACCCUGACUCAGGGGAGGUGAGGGCACAAAGCCCCCUGGACAGAGAACAUAGAGCGCAUUAUGAGUUCAGGGUCACCGCAGCCGAUAAAGGCUCCCCCAGUCACAGAGGAACAGCCACGGUCGUGGUCAAUGUGCUGGACCGCAAUGACAAUGACCCUAAGUUCAUGCUGAGUGGCUACAGUUUCUCUGUUCUGGAGAACAUGCCCCCACUCAGCGCUGUUGGGAUGGUGACGGUGCUGGACAUAGAUCAGGGAGAGAACGCAAGAGUGCAGCUCUCUGUGGAGCCAGACGGAGGAAGGUUUGUGGUUCAGAACGGAACAGGAACCAUCCUGUCCAGCAUCUCCUUUGACCGGGAAAAGGAGAGCAGCUUCAGCUUCCGUCUGAAGGCCGUGGAUGGGGGAGAGCCUCCCAGGUCCUCCUAUGUAGGCGUUACCAUCAAUGUCCUGGAUGAAAAUGACAAUGAUCCUGUGGUCACCAAGCCCUCCAACUCCUCCUUCAGACACCUGUCCCCUCUAGGUUCCCCAGACAGCCUUGUGGAGCUAGUGGAAGCUGAAGACCUGGACACUGGGCCAAAUGCAGAGCUGGUCUUCAGCAUCACUGGUGGAAACCCUUAUGAACUCUUCAGCAUCUCCUCCACUACUGGGGAGAUCACCCUGGCCAAGGAGCUGACCCAGAAACAUGGUGGGCUCCAUCGACUGGUGGUUAGGGUGAGUGACAGAGGCAAGCCUACACGCCACACUACUGCCCUGGUGCACAUCUUUGUCAAUGAGACCAUCUCUAAUGUCAGCCUGGUGGAGGCACUGGUGGGACACAGUCUCUACACGCCUCUGGAGACAGACAUCGCUGGUGACCCUGACUACGGCCUUGCCGCCCAGCGCAGUAACAUCCUGUAUGGCAGCCUGGCUGGAGUGGCAGGCGUUGUCAUGGUGAUUGUGGUGGUGGUGUUUAUCCGCCACCGCAUUCAGAGGGAGACGAAGAGUGGCUACCAGGCUGGCAAGAAGGAGACCAAGGACCUUUACACCCCCAAGCAGGGGCCCAAGAACGGCAAAGGCAAGAAGGGCAGGAAAGGAAAGCCCUCUAAGUCCCCCAAGCCCUUGGGAGAAGAGGAAGAGGUCAGCCUCCAGAAGAGUCUCAAGUUCAACCUGGAUGGGGUCAACGACAGCCCCAGGAUCCACCUGCCCCUGACAUAUCCCCCAGGUAGCCCUGACCUGGGCAGACACUACCGCUCCAACUCUCCCCUGCCUUCCAUCCAGCUGCAGGCCCAGUCACCGUCGGCCUCCCAGAAGCAUCAUGUGGUCCAGGACCUCCCUGCCACUAACACCUUCGUAGGGAUUGGAGGAGAUGACAACUCAACAGGUUCAGACCAGUACUCGGAUUAUAGCUACAAGGCCAGCCAGCCAAAGUACAACAGCAAACAGCUACCCCAUCGCAGAGUGACAUUCUCCACAGCCAAUCCGGUGCAGAAUCUGCAGGAUGCAUCUCAGCACAGUUACUAUGACAGCGGCCUGGAGGAGUCAGAGACGCCCAGCAGUAAGUCAUCGUCUGGCCCCCGUAUCGGGCCCCUGACCCUGCCUGAGGAUCACUACGAGAGGACCACCCCAGACGGCAGCAUUGGGGAAAUGGAGCACCCUGAAAAUGAUAUGCGUUCCAUUCCUGAUGUGGCCAUGACUGGUAACUGUACUCAGGAGUGCAGUGAGCUGGGUCACUCAGACGCCUGCUGGAUGCCUGGGCAGCCCUCCCCAGUGCGCAAGACCAGGAAUCCCCCCAAACUCUCCACCUUCGUGCCUUACCAGGAGAGAGGGAGCCUGGGCCGCCUGGCCAACGGGAGCGCCAGGCCGGGUGGCGAGGAGUACCGAGCCAGCAUUCUGCCCUCCCGUAGUGCCUAUUCCAACAGCGGCCAUGCCCCUAGGCAGGACUGCCCAAAGGAGGAGGUGCCCCUGAGCGUGGCCUCUGAGUUCCUGCCCACCUCCCCUCCUAGCCACACCCCCAAACAAGAGAUCUACCUGUGAGAAAGCCCCACCUCCCACAUCUGAUUGGUGCACAGAUAGAGGAGGAGCCACAGAGACACACCCACUUUAGAAAAAGAAACAUGCUCUUAGAGGAUCUGAAAAGUCAAUUUAUUGAAAUAAAUACCCAUUCUGUAGGAAAUAUGGGAUGUGAUUUGUGGAAUCAUUGGUAUGUGCAAUAGGAGUUUUUCAUUUUAUUUAUUUACAUAUUUAUUGGUUUAUUAAUGUAUUAAUUAGUUAAUGGAUUUAUUUAUCAAUGCAGUUUCUUUGAAAGCAUUGGUUAAACACUUGUGGUAAUAUCACACUAAAUCAACAUACAAUCAAUCCCUAAAACACUAGUGAUUUUCUUAGCUAAGCCCUAACCUGUUGUGAUAUGUUCUCUGGAACAUCCAAUGUGUGAUCAGUGCCAUAACCAGAUAACAUUCAUCUGACAGGCAAUGAAGCCCUAAGGGUAGACUUAACAUUUUUGAUUAACAAUCAAAUGGAAUGAUCUUUCUUAAUGUACAGUGCUGUAAAUACAUGUGAAUGGUGUACACUGUAUCUUGUAUAUAUUUCUGUCUGGCUCAAGCUGAUAACAAUAGCCUCAGAAUUUUAGCAUUUGAGCUUUUCUUUGCUGCUGCUGUUUAACACUUGAUUGAAAUGUUUUCCAAAAACUUGGACGGAGAGUGUGGAAAGGCACUUGAAUUAAUUAAUCAACUACACACACAUCUGUGACCCCCAAUCAUGAUAGAACCAUAGCAUGUUACCUCAUGCUCCCUGGAUAGCUAUUAAGCCAAACCCCUAGCUCACAUUCUGAUAGUGUUUGCCCCUCUCAGAGUAGAGCCUCUGGUUCCCCACCUACACUGUAGAUGAGAAUAUAUAUAUUCUCUGUUCUGUGUGAAAAGCUCCUCUUCAAUGCCUCCCUAUGCCUGAAUAACACUGAGCUAAUCAGUUGCUCUCCACAUAGAGGUCACCAUUACAUUCAACCUUGUGUCUCUAGCCUCGUUAGGUUUUCUCCUCACGAUCCGCGUGAAUUUCAAUAGUUUUACUCCGCCUAAGGAGUUAUUCACACGAGUUUCAGCGCAGCACUUUUCAGUCCUGAGAGCCACUAAGGUGACUUAGAGUGCUGUGACUGAAUUCCUCUGUCUCUCAGAAACUAUGCUUUUUACAUCUACAUCCUGAUAGGUCUCCUUGUGUUGGUCUCACGUCUUUAAAGGAAGGCUACAGUAAUCAUCUGGGACUAAUUUUUAUUUUACCUUUAUUUAACUAGGCAAGUCAGUUAAUUAAGAACAAAUUAUUAUUUACAAUGAUGGCCUACCCCGGUGACGCUGGGCCAAUUGUGCACCGCCCUAUGGGACUCCCAAUCAUGGCCAGAUAUGAUACUGGAUUUGAACCAGGGACUGUUGUGAUGCCUCUUGCACUGGCAUGCAGUGCCUUAGACCACUGCGCCACUCAGGAGACCUUUUGUUUUGGUGAAGAAGAAAAGUGGUCACUCAGGUCACCAUUUUGUUUAAACAUAAUUUACCUGUUGCAUCCAUUGGUGCAUGUUAUAAACAAUGAUGACAUGUUGCCAUUUCAAAUAAAGUUAAAUAUUGGUUGCAGGAGUCAUAUAUUUUCAGUCCAGUUGACAUUCAUAGAGUUCAGGUUAUGUUACGUUGUUCCUCAUUUUUCAAUUGACAAUUAGAUAGAGGACAUUCCUGUUGGAUACAGCAGCAGUCUUUGACAAAUACUUAUUUUCAAAGUCAUUUAAAAGCAGACAUCUGGAGGACACAGGAACAGUAGUAUGUAAUUGGAUGAUGAUAACGCCACUGGCCCGCCUCGCAGCACAGUAGUAUUACUCAUAGCUUUUGAUUUGUACACUGAUUCGAUUCGAUUUGUAUCUUAGCCCCUGUUUUGACCACAGUGUAUUUCUAUGGAGAGAGAGACAGUGGGUCUGGUCUGAGCAAGGGGUGGAAGGGCCUGGAAGGGAAUGGAUGCUGGGCUCCCAUAAUUAGUUUGUGUAAUGAGUCCUUAGCCAGGGCAUAUGUGAGCAUACAGCCUGAAGACAACACAGCAGCCACAUAAUCCAAAUCCAUCUGCAAAACUACAGUAAUUUAAAAAGCGGUAUUUUUAUCUGGACUUACCUCAUCCCACCGCCGUUGGCAACACAUGUAGAAUAAUUCAACUCAAAACAUGUGGAAAUUACUGGACAUGGCUAUGAAUAAAUAAGGCAGGUGAUUAUCCUAGCCUUGAGGGGUGAACAAGCACAUUAUGCUGUUUUCAAAGCCAUUUAGCCACUGAAAUAAAAUCCAGCAAGAGUCAUAAAACACGAUGAUGAAGCCUUUUGGUCCCCCCCCCCCCCCCCCCCCCCCCCCACCACCACCCAACCCCCUCUCAAAGCAGCUUCACUGAGCUAGAGCAGCGGGUGAGUUCACUGACCUGGAAUUAUUAAUAUGUGUGAAAGAUUGCGAUGAGUGAUAAAGCCAACGUCAUACAGCCUCAACACUGCCUUUGUCUCCUAUGCUCUGUCUGACUCCUUUCAGAUUCGCUGAUUCAUCUGACUCCAGCCUGAAUCUGGCAUAAAUCAACAGGCUUAUCUCUUUACUAAUCACUUGGUCUGGCUGAAUAACUUGGUGUGGCUUCUCUCUGGCAUGUCUGAACAACUGAUUUUGACUGAAGCCCUUAUUCAAAUCAAACCACUGGGUUUGAGUGCUUACCAACACCCGUGUUUGCAUACACAUUCUUUUUUCAGCCAGAAUAACUGUGUUAUACCUUUUUCUCUCCAGCCUAUAUCAAUUAGUAUGUUUGAAUAUCCUGAAUCACAUGGUUUUACCUGUCCUUUGAACUCAUACUUAAUUUAUUAUUUGUGUUGACUGCUCUCUAGAAAGCAGGAUGGUUGACAAGUCCUGGAUCAAAGCAUUAAUAGUAUGAAAACCCUUGAUACACUCCACAGUAUGUCCAAUCAUGUGUAGUUUGUAUGUUUUAUGUAAUGUCAAGUUCACCUGAGUAUCCUCUGCCUCUCUGUAGUGGUCUUGUAAGGUGAUUGUGGCUGUGGACUGAUGGACAUGAUGAGAUACUGGAGAAUAGGCAAAGGAGUUUUCUCUAAGACUAAGGGCUGGAUUCAAUCCAUAUCGCCGAAGUAUCGCGGAAGAUCCCCGUUAAAAUGUAAAGGUAAUGCCGACAUAUGCAGCGUUUACCGUGAAUGCAGUCUCUGGAACAUUGCCUAUUGUCAGUCGUGCUAUAAAGUGGGUCUUCAGCGCUACGGAUUGAAUAGAGCCUUAAGCCUCCUUAAAUAGAAAAUCAAAGUGAGCUAUGACAAAUCUCUCUUGAAAGUGUACUGUACAUAGAUCUACACAUCCCCAUGUGUGCUGUCAAGCAGGCUAUGAGUUUAGCAUGAAUUCCAAAGAUAAUUAGUAGUGUUUUUGAUGAGAUCUUAGUGCUGGUUUUGGUUCAAGAACCCUCUCCCCAAGGAGCUGACAUUCACUGCACAUUUCAUCACCAUCAGAGACAGUUCUACACAGUAAAAUAAAGACAAGCUGCCUUGAAAGUGUGUCGUUGCAAGAGAGUACCAAGUUGUUAUCCUAAUUGUUGGUUAUAUUUAUAUAGAACAAAAUGCUUGUGAUGCCAUGUUUUUGUACAGUUUUAUGUACAUGCAAGUGAAGCUUUUUAAAACGUAUUACAAAAGCCGAUGGCAUAUAAAAAUUGUAAUGUGUUUCUUGAUAUGUGCACAUUUUGCCUUGGUUGGAUUGAUCUUUGCUGAGUCGGUGUGAAUGUGGCCGUUCUAUGCCUGCACCGUAGUCCUUCACUGGCUCCCUGCUCCCGAGGACUUUAUCAGACUUUAUGUUGAUCGUGAACAGUGGAUUGUCGGAUCCUACCUAUUUGUUCAAUUCCAAUGUGUUCCAUUUUGUUCUGUUUUUGGCAUGUUGAGAAAAUUCCCUUGUAAUAAGUCCUCAAGAACUUUGUAAUAAAAUUAGUCCAGGAAAAAGAA